AUAGAUAGAUAGAUAGAUAGAUAGAUAGAUAGAUAGAUAGAUAGAUAGAUAGGUUGUCAGGCUGUCUGUCUGACAAGACAUACUUUAUUCAUCUACAAGGGAAAUUCACUUAGCAAUCAACGGAGGAAUGCACUGUAUGACCGCCCAUGUGCAGCAUGGAUGUUUCCUGGAAAAUUUGCCAUGAUACACUUAAUGCAAAGUCAGCAUCUGCGAGCGCAACUCACGUUUUCAAAACUGCAGAUGGGGCUUGGGGGGAGGUUAUGUCACUGAGGACCACUGAGUCGCUUGUGUACUAAGAUCACUGUCACUUGCAGAAGCGUAAGCAAAAUUAGCAGAAUUUCACACUGCACUAGGGUUACUUGUAUAAUCAUUGACAUAACAGGUAACCGAAGUGUUUUUGUACUGAAAUGAAACCUGUUUUCCACCAAAUUUGGGGAAAAUGUCACAUCAAAACUCAAUUGGAGUUUGUGCAUCCCUACUGAAAUGAAUGGAGUUUCCACCAGGGGCGUGAUUUGGGUGAAGUACUGAUUUUCGCCGUUUGGGGCGCUCUAGUUGGCAAAUGCGUAACGUCUCCCCUCUCAGGUGGUGUACUUUUCCUAGUCUUGAGGUUUCACAGGCUGUUCCAAUAUACUUUGCGCACGGAUGUCCCAGCUCCAGGCUGGAAGUGCCAGUUCCAAGAAUUUGGGCAUCAUUUUGGAAAUUGUGUGAAAUUUGUAAAAGUCGCUCACCAUCUUUGUUGAGUUCUGUGCACAUGUGCAGCGAUGCUCAUGUCAUUGGGAAAUACAGCGGUGCCUUGAUAGAAGAGUUAAAUUUGUUGUGACCAUGCUCAUAACUGAAAACACUAGCAUCGCAAAUCAUCUUUUACCAUUAAAAUGUGGAUCCGUUCCAGCUUUGCGUUAGUUUGUGUGUGUAAUGUUUAAUGAGGAAAAAUAGCACUCCGUAAUAUUGAGCUUCAUAAAAACAUACAGUAAUGAUAUAAUUCAAUAUAAUAAAAAAACUAUGAAACAGUUUUUGUCACGCUGCAUCAAUUGCACGGCCAGUCUGGUGUGCCCGCCUCAGCCACCUGGGGGCAGUAAACGUCAGACAGACAGACAGACAGACUUUUGUUCAUUGAGGCGUUAUUAUGAAUCUCACUAGUUCGAGGCAGUGCUGCCUGGCACGCCAAUCAUAUUGCAGCGGGGGGUGUCCUGCCUAGAACUCAAGCGGGAUUCAUAAUAACGCUUUAUUGAAACGUCUCAUCUCCUCUCGCAGCUCAUCAGUACGACGCUAACGUUGGUCGUUCUGUGCAGAGGAUAAAGGAUAUGACUGAGAGCACUGUUAUCGUCUGCCUGCAUGUUGCACCGUUUGUGUUCAAUCCUCUCAAAUUUGAACUCGCAAGUCAAAGCAAAAAAUCUGUCGAGCGACAGCUUGAAUCGAGUCACUCGUAUCUCAAGGCACCGCUGUAGUCAAUUUUGUACCAAUAUAGCACCAUAUUCAAUGAAAUGAGAGCAUGUUGACCAAAUGCAUAAUUUGGUGAUUCAAAUGUGCCCAAAUUGCAGUUAGGGGAGCUGAUUCCCUGUUGCCAUGUCUAUUUGUAUAUCCAUCAGUCUAUUUUCUAUAACGCUUAUAGAGCUGGAACCUACCCCAGCUGACUUUGGGCGAGAGGUGGGGUACACCCUGGAUUGGUUGCUUUUCAAUCGCAGGGCAAAAUGUAUAACACGUGCAAAAAAUCUAUGUAACAACAUGAAAUAUUGACUUCAAAUUUGUAUAUCACCAUGUGGGAUGCACUUUAUGUCAGUGCUGUUGUUGUUAUUGCUCCAUUGGAUAUUUGAGGCCCUACUUAAAGUGUGCAUGUCAGGAAAAGUGUGGAAAUGUGUGUUGAACACAAGUGAGCCGGUGAACUCAGCAGCGUCAAACAAUGCCUUGAUUGUUGCAGCAGGUGCUUAGCACAGCUCAGCAUCCCCAAAAAGAAACACUCAAGUGUCUCAAACAAAACAAUUGGGAGGAAAAUAUCUGGAUUCUUCUCUCAAUCCUGUUCCUGUGAUUGUGUGUGCAAUGCAUGUGAGUGUGUAGGGCCAUUGAUAAUCCUCCGGCAUGUCCUCUUCACACAUGCACAGACGCACCAUUGUGGAGUUCAGCUUUGGCGACUGAAGCACCGUAACCUCUCCAAUCUAAUCAGAUUCCUUUAAGUGGCUAACAAGCGUGUCUCCGUCAUUUACAGUAGCGAAAAUGGUAACGUGAAACCAGAACAGAACACACACACACACACACAUACAUACACAAGACAACAGGCUGUGUAGCAGCCCUGGCUUGGCCAUCGGAAAUUUUUUUUAGUUAAUAUAGUUUGACUAACAACUGGCAUCUUGUUGAGAGAGAUAAGACCUCUCAAUGACGACUGACAAGAUGAGUAUUGUGGUGAGGACGCCCUCAGUUAGGUACAUGCCAAGCGAAUAAGAGCAGCUCCAGUUUAUGGAGGGGGAUUUACUUGCUAACUACCAAAACAUUGCAAUGUUUUGUAGUGUUGUGCUAGUUCAAAUGUCACCAAUAAUCAUAGACUUCUUCCCACUCACUUUUAAACAUGGAAAAGUAAAUUGUUUCAUUGCUUAUUACUCCCUGGUAUUUAAAAAAAAAUAAAUCUAUUGUUUUCAUGUUCAAGAUAAAUGAUCAAAUCAAAAAUCAAUUAAUAAGCACAUUCAUUUGAGUUCUGGAAACUGAUUUUUUUCUUCUGUUUAAGAAUUGAAGGAAAUCUGAUUGUGGCCCAGUAAGGAACUACAAGCCCAAUUCCAAUGAAGUUGAGAUGUUGUGAUAAACAUAAAUAAAAACAGAAUACAUCCAUCCAUCCAUUUUCUGAGCCGCUUCUCCUCACUAGGGUCGCGGGCGUGCUGGAGCCUAUCCCAGCUAUCAUCGCGCAGGAGGCGGGGUACACCCUGAACUGGUUGCCAGCCAAUCGCAGGGCACAUACAAACAAACAACCUUUCGCACUCACAUUCACACCUACGGGCAAUUUAGAGUUUUCAAUUAACCUAUCAUGCAUGUUUUUGGGAUGUGGGAGGAAACCGGAGUGCCCGGAGAAAACCCACGCAGGCACGGGGAGAACACGCAAACUCCACACAGGCGGGGCCGGGGAUUGAACCCCGCUCCUCAGAACUGUGAGGUGUGAGGCUGACGCUCUAACCAGUCGCCCACCGUGCCGUCCCCUUCAUAAGGGGUCACACAUUUUCAAUGGGAGACAGUUACGGACAGCAGGCAGGCCAGUCUAGUACCCGCACACUUUUACUACGAAGCCACGCUGUUGUAACACGUGCAGAAUGUGGUUUGACAUAGUCUUGCUGAAAUAAGCAGGGGUGUCCGUGACAAAGACGUUGCUUGGAUGGCAGCACAUGUUUCUCCAAAACCUGUAUGUACCCAUGCCAUUGGCACUAACACAGCCGCAUACCAUCACAGAUGCUGGCUUUUGAACUUUGCGUCCAUAACAGUCCGGAUGGUUCUUUUCCUCUUUUGCCCGGAGGACACGACGUCCACAAUUUCCAAAAACUAUUUGAAAUGUGGACUCGUCGGACCACAGAACACUUUUCCACUUUUCAUCAGUCCAUCUUAGAUGAGCUCGGACUCAGAGAAGCCGGGGGCGUUUCUGGGUGUUGUUGAUAAAUGGCUUUUGCUUUGCAUAGUAGUUUCAAGUUGCACUUACGAAUGUAGCGCCGAAUUGUAUUUACUGACAUUGGUUUUCUGAAGUGUUCCUGAGCCCAUGUGGUGAUAUCCUUUACACAUUGAUGUCGGUUUUUGAUGCAGUGCCGCCUGAGGGAUCGAAGGCCACGGGCAUUCAAUGUCGGUUUUCGGCCUUGCCGCUUACAUGCAGUGAUUUCUCCAGAUUCUCUGAAACUUUUGAUGAUAUUAUGGACCGGAGAUGAUGAAAUCCCUAAAUUCUUUGCAAUUGUACGUUGCGGAACAUUGUCCUUAAACUGUUCGACUAUUUUCUCACGCACUUGUUCACAAAGAGGUGAACCCAUCUUUGCUUGUGAAUGACUGAGCAAUUCAGGGAGGCUCCUUUUAUACCCAAUCAUGGCACCCACCUGUUCCCAAUUAGCCUGUUCACUUGUGGGAUCUUCCAAACAGCUGUUUGAUGAGCAUUCCUCAACUUUCUCAGUUUAUUUUGCUACCUUUCCCAGCUUUUUUGGAACGUGUUGCGGCCCUAAAAUUAAAAAUAAAAUAAGUUAAUGAUUAUUUGCUAAAAACAAUAAAGUUUAUCAGUUUGAACAUUAAAUAUCUUGUCUUUGUAGUGUAUUCAAUUAAAUAUAGGUUGAACAUGAUUUGCAAAUCAUUUUAUAUAUUCAUGGAUAAUUGUUCUCUGAAUUUCCCAGUCUAUCGCUACUCUUAUUAUUUCCGUGUAGCAUUUGAGCCCCUUGUACACAAAUCAGCUUUCUGUGGCAUCACACAGCCUCGGAACAAAAAGCGCCUUUAUUAUUUCCAAGAGCGGACAUCCUGAAUAUUGCGACGUCAGUGCAACGGAUAGUAAAUAAUUGAAUUGUUCUGAAAUAUCAUGGUGCUCGACCAUUCAAACAUAAGGUCAAGCGAUAACUGAAUGAUUCUUGUAAUGGAUUAGCUGGAUUUGGUCAUGGAGAAUUAUCCAUUUAGAGAUAAAGAAGUUCAGGCUAGUUCAUAAAAUGUGCUUUUUUCUUUUACCUUUGAGUAGAGUACUAAAGACCUCAAGAUAGUGUUUUCAAUGUGUUGCUUACAAUACAUACACUAUUAGAUCAUCUCAAAAUAGUAAACAGGCCAUAAGGUAAUAGAGGCAACAGUGAGCUUCAUUGUCAGCUCAACAGAAGUAAUUAAAUGACACGUUUCGGGUGAAAUACAACUUCCGAAAAUAGUCGUCAACGUACUGUAGCUUAAAGGCCUCUUUAUACUCCCGCGCUCGCUCGGCCAACAACGCCCGCAUUGCAUCACGUGACCGACGCAUUGGCCUGCGCGGCCCCCCUGCGUCACUUGACGCGUACACGGCAAAUAUUGUUGCUGGGCGUAGAAUGCCGCGGAGACCAUCUCUCGUGAUUGGUCCGUUUUAGUCACAUGUUGUGAUGAAGUACUCAGUGUGCCCCUAGGUUUAACAUACCAUCUACGCUGCCACCUUCUUGAUUGAUUUUGCAGCAUAAUUAAACGGAUCAUCUGGUCAUCUAGGUCCAUUUGUUUUCGCAGACACCGUGCCACGGUCGCCAUUGUUGUUGCUUUUUUACUUGUUACGGAAUGGAAAGUAAAAACGGUUACCGGAAAUGGCCACAAAAUGCAGAGGAAACUCCAUCCUGUGGUUUCCUAGCCAAUAACAGCCGUAGCGAGUGCGCUCGAGUAUAAAGGCAAACGGCGCCCGCGCGAAUAUAAAGAAGCCUUAAGACCUCGCUUCACUGACGCCAUUGUUGGCGUAAUUCAGGGGUAUGAAACUCAUUUGUGUCGCGGCCACAUUGUAGUUAUGGUUUCCCUCAGAGUGCCGUUAAGAUUUUGAAAUCAUAUAAAUAUUGAAUCACCUCCUUAUAGUAUUACAUAGACAACAAAUUGAUAGAUGAAUAGUUUGGAAAUCGAAUACUUUGCAACUAUUGUUUAAGUUACUGUAUUGUAAAAAGAGGUUUGGUAAAAACAUGGUUGGUAAUAUUUAUUCGAUAUGACAAUUACAUUUUUUUCUACACAUUUUAGCAAGAGUCAUGGCAGUUCAAGCACAUGAUUUGCUUUAGCUGGCCACAUAAUACGAUGUGGUGGGCCAGAUCUGGCCCCCGGGCCUUGAGUUUGACACCUGUGGCGUAACUGAUCGUUCUAAGCGUUCCAUAUUGACAGCGAAUGAAUGAGAAAGGCUGGUUAAAAAUGGCAUUAGUGGAGUUAUUUAAAACCACUACUGGAGAACAAGGGUCAUUUGUGCUGCCACAACCCCUGAAGCAAGCAGAAGAGGACCUUGGGAGCUAAGCGCCGAUUGGCCGCUCAGACAAAAAAGGGCGGUCCCAGUGAAUUAGUGAUAGACGGUAAAGGCAGACGUCCUGCAGUGAUCAAACCUUAGGUGAUCUGACAGCCGGCUGUUUGAAGUGAUUGUCAUGCUAUGUAACAUGAAGGCUUACCCCCAGCUUUGGGCCUAAUUAGUUCACUUAGGGCCCUUUAUAAAGAGACUGCUGGGACACCAACUCAAUAAGGAGCCAGAAGAUCAACAGACCAGCAACAGCAGACUUGGAUCCCGAAACUUGUCCUGCUGCUAUAAGCAAACAAACCGAAUCUGAAGACUUUUCCGCUUCGCUGAGAAUGCCACACUUAUCCGACAGCAGCUACUACACGAUGCGGGAUGCAACCAGAGCUUCGAAUGUACAGAACCAACUGGAAAACUCAAAGUUCCACCUCCAUCAGAGCCAGAGCCAGCAGGUCAAGCAGUACCUGUCGCUGGGCUCAAAGUUGGCCUCGUCGGCCGCACAGGCCCACGCCGUGCCGCACCCCCACGCGCCCGGCCAGCCGCUGGCCACCGUGCCCAUCAUGAGGAGCGGACACAUGGCCUCCGUCAAUGACAGCAGCAACCCCGACAGCCCCGUCACCCUGAUGACCAUGGCCAACCACGACAGUGAGUUUCCAAUGGAUGAAGUGAUUGAUGACCUUAUCAGUCUUGAAACGGGCUUCAAAGAUGGAGGCCUGGAUUGCAUGGAGUCUAACAUCCUAAUGCAAAACAAUGUGUCCCUCAGUAGCAGCAUGCUGGACGUGUAUGGGGGUGAACAAGGUAUGAACCCCCCUAAUGGUGGACUGAGUCCCACAUCUAACCCCACAAAGCUCACAGUAAAAUGGGAAUACAGAGAACACGACACACGGGUCAUGGCCAAGGAGAGACAGAAAAAGGACAACCACAAUUUGAUCGAAAGAAGGAGACGAUACAACAUCAACUACAGGAUUAAGGAACUGGGGACACUCAUACCAAAGUCUAACGACCCCGACAUGCGCUGGAACAAAGGUACCAUCCUGAAGGCCUCAGUGGAGUACAUCAGGUGGCUGCAGAAGGAGCAGCAGCACGCUCACGAGCUGGAAAGUCGCCAGAAGAAGCUGGAGCAGGCCAACAGGAGGCUGAUACUCAGGAUUCAGGAACUUGAGAUUCAGGCUCGAGCGCACGGCCUCCCGAACAUAGCGACCUCUUUGGGGACGACGGACCUGUCCUCACACCUCCUUAAACAACAGCAGGCGUCCCCUCAAGCCCAGCAGCCCCCGCUCUACCAGGAAGACCCCAACGGCGAUUACCUGCAGAGGAUAGCCAUGGUCGCCGGCGUGCCGUCCAUCCCGAUGCCGCCGGGGCCGCAGGACCACGUGGCGGGCGCCGACGGCUGCACCACCUUCUCCGACCCGCUGUCCCACUUCACCGAGAUCUUCAGCGCCACGCUCAAGGGCGAGCACCGGCUGGACGAGAUCCUGAUGGACGACGCGCUGUCCCCGUUCGGCGCCGACCCGCUGCUGUCAUCCCGCUCGCCCCGAGCCGCGUCCAAGGACAGCAGCCGCCGCAGCAGCUUCAGCUCAGGGGAGGGUGAUGACCUAUAAUGCAAAAGCACACAGGGUCAAAAGCCGUAUCAGACAUUUGUAAAGACAAUGAACACUGACCAAGCCCCCUUUUUCCUGUAUAUAUUGUACAGCUCAUGGACAUCCCUAUCUUUCCAGCAUCUCUGCCUCCCACAAAAAGCAGAAACAGACUCGUACAAAAAAAAGGGAGAAACUUUGAUUUUGUGUUUUUUUUUUUUUUUUUUUUUGGGUAACACUGUAGUAGCUGUACACUGAAUCGUACUCCAAAGAACUGCUGAGAUCCCGACAAUAUUGUUCUGUUUUUUUGUUUCCGACGUGCCUUAUUCAGUCUUAUCUAUUUCUUCACUGUCAUGUCUCACACUGCAUCUUUUCGAUGGUUUUUUUUUGUAUUUAUAUGGGUUUAAUCCAUGCAAUCAUAAAAUAUAUUUACAGUAUAUAUUAUCUAACAUGCUACUUUUUUAUUCUCAGUAGGGGUUGGGAAGACUAUAAUAAACCCCUUUUUUGAUAUGA